AUGAUAGAGCGAUGGCGACCGGAGACGCAUACGUUUUAUUUACCCAUCAACGAGGCUACCAUCGCGCUUCAGGAUGUAGAGGUUCUUUUUGGCCUAGCGGUUGAUGGAUUACCUGUAGCUUUACUGCAUGCUAUUAGAGAAUAUAUGGGAUUUGAUUACCUACAGAUGUUGCAGCGGUUCACUGUUUUCCAGCUAGUGGAAGAGACUGCAUUGAGUGGGGCCACUCGUUUGCAGUUGACUCCCGUCUGGCAGUAUCUGGGGGCGAUGGAUGGGGACAUUGCGGAUGAUACACCAGAUCUUCUUCUCGACUGGCAGAUGUGCCGGGAGAGCAUUGGCACCCUAAGAGACGUUGCCAGAUUUUUGCCGCUACUGCAGAUUUGGGCAUGGGAGCGGUUCUUGCAGUUCCAGCCACCUCUACCACCCAUCGUUCCGGAUGCACCACCUCUACCAUUUCUCCCUUUAGCUAGGAGGUGGGUUGAUAGGCGAGGCUACAGACGAGAGGUCGAGGCUCGACAUAAUCUCCCCUAUUACAGGGAUUUGUUGGAUUUUCUUGAAGGCGCACAGUUCAUAUGGAGGCCAUAUAAUGACAAGCUAAUAGCUUGUUUUCCCGAUUAUUGCUCGAGCGGCCGAGUUAUGUGGAGCUCUUCCGUCCCAUUGAUGUGUCUCGAUAUUGUCGAGCAUCAUGCCACGGAGCGAGUCCUUCGCCAGUUUGGUCGACUGCAGCUUGUACCUACUCCGCCUGCUUGGCUUAGGACACAUUACUAG